AUGGAAAAUCGGCUUGAUAUAAUCCUAUUUGGGGCAACAGGAUUCACUGGGAUCCAUUGCAUUCCAUACAUUGUCAAACAUGCCAAGGAGAAUGGUAGAAAUAUGAGCUGGGGCGUAGCUGGGAGAAGCCAGAAAAAACUAAAAGCUGCUUUGAAGGAAAUGGGUGAAAAACUAGAAGCUAAUUUUGAUGAAAUCCCCAUCAUAAUUGCUGAUGUAAACGACUACGAUUCUCUGGUAAACAUGGGCAAAAGAACCAAAUUGGUCAUAAAUUGCUGUGGACCUUAUCGCUUCUAUGGAGAUGUGGUUGUUAAGGCUUGCAUUGAAGCUGGUGCUCAUCAUGUUGAUGUUAGUGGAGAACCAGAGUAUAUGGAAAGAGUUCAGGUGGAGCAACAUGAUGCUGCUCUAGAAAAAGGAGUCUAUGCCAUUAGCGCUUGUGGACUUGACAGUAUCCCCCUAGAUUUAGGUGUGGUAUUUUUACAAGAAAACUUUGAAGGUACUUUGAACAGUGUUGAAAGCUAUCUAAAAACUUGGAGCGAAAGUGAAUCUUCAGGGCCAUCAGUAAAUUAUGGUACUUGGGAAAGUGCUGUACACAGUGUGGCUAAUUCAAGCGAGCUGCGCAACAUAAGGAAACUUUACAAUGAAAAAUUUAAAAGAACUCCAACUUAUUCACCAAAACUACCUAAGCUCAUUGCCCCACAUCAACCGAAAGUUGGUAAUGGUUGGGCAUUACCAUUUUUAGGGGCUGAUAGAUCAGUUGCUCGUAGAACCCAAGGAUUUUUAUACAACAAUGACAAUGUUCGUCCUGUGCAAGUUGAAACUUACUUUGUUUUACCUUCAAUACUGCAUGUUCUUGGAAUAAUGAUAUUUGGCCUAAUUUUCAAGUUGUUUACUUCAUUUAAUUAUGGUAGAAAGCUGUUGCUUGACUAUCCUGAAUUUUUUACUGCUGGAUUUUUCAGUAAGCAAUCUCCUUCAGAAGAAAAAGUGCAAAGCACUUGGUUUUCUAUUGAUUUUUACGGUGAAGGUUGGAAGGAAAAAUUGACAGACAAAGAUGACCAAUAUUCGAAACCAGUCGAUCGAUGCAUAAAAGCACAAGUUAAGGGCAGGAAUCCCGGAUAUGGCUCUACUUGUUUAUCUUUGGUUUUGGCUGGAAUUGUACUGUUAACUGAAACUGAUAAGAUGGCUAAUAAGGGAAAAGGAGGCAUAUAUCCUCCUGGUGCUGCAUUUGCUAAAACAUCUUUGGUAAAGCAACUGAAUGAAAACGAGCUCACUUUCAAAGUAUUGUCCCAGGAGGACAUCAAAAAUUAA